ACACCGGAAGCGGCGCUCAAACGAACGCGCGUGCUCGCUCGCGUGCACGCUGCCGACUUGUUACGGCGCAAAACGCGGACGAGCGCAGAGAUGGACAGAGUGCGGUUAAUGUGAAGAAGAGAAGGAAGGAGAGGACAAGGAGGAAGAAGAAGAGGAAUAGAGAGAGAGAGAAGAAGGGAUCCGGUUGGAGUAGAGGUUCCGAGUUGAGGGAUCUGCCGGGGGUUUUGCGGUGCAUUCUGGGACCUUUCGCAAAGCUGCAUGUGUGAGCGUACACCCAGCGAUGGAACCCUGGCCUGUAGUGGCCUGGUUCUUAAUGCUGACUUUCAUCGCUGACUGGCUGAAAACUGUGCGCUCGAGAGACUUCACUAAAAAGGACAUCGUCUUCCUCCAUCCGUCUACUACGCCGUAUCCAGGAGGGUUCAAGUGUUUUACGUGUCAGGAAGCAUCCGACAAUUACGAGUGUAAUCGCUGGGCGCCAGAUGUUUACUGCUCACAAGAGACUAAAUAUUGCUCCACACUGCACAAGCUGGACUUCGGUGGGAACACGGUGUCCGUGACGAAGCGCUGCGUCGCGCUGGAGGACUGUCUCGCUACCGGCUGCACCGACUCGGACCACGAACGGAUCAGGAUGUGCGUUUCUUGUUGCGAGGGGAACAUCUGCAACAUGGCGCUCCCUCGGAACGAAACGGACGCCGUCUUCGCCACCACGUCGCCGCUGAACGCCUGCGAUCGCGUCGCCGCCCCGGCUCGUCCUCUGCUUCUGUCUUUCCUCCUCCUCCUCUUUCUCAGCCGGGGCUGAGCCUUGUAACGUGUUCUUCGCUUGAAAUGUUACAGGAACGCAAUCGUGAAGUCGCAACACACGGAUUUCCGCACGCGUUGAAACGGGACUCGAGUUCUUGUUCUUUUCAGUGUCAUGGUUCAACUACCAAACGAAGUGUAACAUUUGUUGUAUUGUAGCAGAACUGACCAUCAGGUUGGUGUGUCCUUCUUUCUAAAAAGGCCAAUUGCACAUUUAGUCCCCAUUUCAUGUUCUGAUAACCUCCACUCCAAAAUAUAUAUUUUGCAGGAUGAUUUUGGGUAAAACAACCAGAUGUAAUGCAAUUUCUAUUGAAUUUCUGUCUAAUUUCAUUAAUCACAUGCACACAGCACACUUACUGCAGGACUACUGAGGCCACGCCCCCUUCACGCACCAUACAUUCCUCCAAAAAUGUAAUAAAACAUUUAUACAUGUACAUUUCCCCAAAUUUCUAAUAGAUUCCCAUAAAUUCCUGGUAAGUUUCCAAAUUGGAAUAUUUCCAAAAUUACCCCGAUGAAGUUCCCAUGGAAAGUUUCCACCCCUUCGCAACCCUAAUCUGGGCUCCUAAACCAUAAAAGAUCUGAUGAUGUAGGUAAGAUGAGGAGAUCUGGGGGUUCACUUAAGAGUUCAUCUUAAAGCUCAGAGCUCUAGAGCAGACCGCUCAAGAUCCAUUCCAACCCAUGUAAAGCAGAUCUCCAUGGCUUUGUGCACAGGAGCAUUGUCAUGCUGGAACAGUUUUGGAUCUUAUAGUACAAGUGAAGGUGAAAUUGCAUCCUAUAGUUGUGUAUAACUUUGUGUUAAGAGUUUUGGAUGAAAAGUCAGGCAUCCUAAUACUUUUGUCCAUACAGUGGACAAGGUUUGUGCCAUGAAUCAUUGAUUAAAACGUGUAUUUCAUUAAUAGGAGGUUUUCUGACAUUAGAAUGAACUGGAAUGUGGAAACAUUUUUUUUUUUUUUUUUUUAUCCAUAAACAAAGAAAAACCUGGUCAACUUUUUUGCUCUGACGUGAUGUUUUAUAAUAUUAAUAAGCACUUGUGUACAGAUGUAUGAUUGUGUUUUUCAUCCUGUUAAUGCUACUGUGAUGUAACCAGUUCAAUGCGCUGUCAGAGAACUGGUCAUAAAAAAAGAAAAAAAAGUGCAGUGUUUGCAACUACAGUGUUAUUGUUCAUAUUGAGUUGUUCAGGCAGACUGCCCAGGACUGGAACGUAGAACUUGUUUUCUUUUCAAAUAUACUGUAAAUGCCAAGCAUGCAAUUUUAUAUAUGUGUAUCUUUUUGUAUUACUUUUGUUUUCCCCCAUAAUGCUUUUCUGUCUCAAAUCAAAAGGGCAUGUUGGUUACGCAUUGGUAACAGAAGGGCGAACCCAAUGCCCAUGAUCUCUCGUGUCCUCGGUAUCGCUCUGGUAUAAUCGAGUACCCUUGGAAGAACCAAAAUAUCGUGCGGGAAAGACAAAAAUGCGGGACCAAAAUAUCGUGCAUGAAUUGCGGUGCGGUAUGGCAAAAGUUUUUUUUUUUUUUCUUUGUAAAUGAGUGUAAAUAAUUUUGAAUAUUAUAAAACACAGUAAAACAGCAAGUCUUUUGCA